AUGGCGCUCACCAACUUCAUCGUGACGGCGGCGGUGGUGGGCGGGGCGCUGCUUCUCUUCACCACCGACGUCCGCAAGUCCGGUGCUGUCUUCCGCCGCAACGCCCGCCAAAUCCGACAGUGGCUCGAGGAGGACAACGCCUCCGCCGCAUCCAAGUCUGCAAAAGAAGCAGUUCCACCUCCCAAGAAGCUGGAUACAGAGGUUCCCAAGGACAAGCCAAAGGAUCACUGA